CUCUCCUCCGACCCUUUGGUUACAGUACGGUUUCCUUCCUUCUUCGUUCCUUCUCAGUCUAUGCAAAAUAUAUAUAUAUAUAUAUAUAUAUAUGUAUACAUACAUGGACGGAGGUGUCCGGCGGCUUCCUUCCUUAACCUUCAAGCCAACAGUAGCAGAGCUGGGGAUGGAGAAAUUAUGAUCCUCUCGCCCUCUGCUUAAUCACACUUUCAGAUAAUUCUGUUUUGGCCAAUUGCAGCGGCGUUAGCCAUCUUCCCGUCUUCUGCCAUCGAAUUCUCUGUGCUCACUUUCAGAAGACAUGGCCAAGACCUAUGCAUUUGGUCUAAUGUCGGCCUUAGCCGCCACUGCUUCCUUCGGCUCUACCACUGCUCACGCUGAUGGCCCUUUCAGCUUCAAUCCAUUCUCCACCUCUCCUCCCUCGCCCGGCGGCGCUCCACCUGCUUCUGCUUCACCUGCCAAGCAAUCUCCCCUGCCUGACUCUCCGGGAAAUGAAUCUUCUCCGCCCAAGGUUCGUAAUGACAACCCGAGGACUACUUCAGCUGGGUUCGACCCCGAGGCCUUGGAGCGGGGUGCUAAGGCUCUCCGGGAGAUCAACGCUUCUUCUAAUGCCAAAAAGGUGUUUGAACUCAUGAAGAAGCAAGAAGAAACGAGGCUUGCAGAGUUUGGUACAAAGGCUGCUGAGUUUAAGGCAAUGCAAGCUCAAGCUGAAACUGAGAGGCAAAGAGUAGUGUAUGAUGAGCAAAAGAAGCUUGCAAAUUUUCAAGCGCAAACAAAGACGCAAAUGGCUCGUUAUGAGGAUGAAUUGGCAAGGAAGAGAAUGCAGGCAGAAAAUGAAUAUCAAAGGGCAAGGAAUCAAGAGCUCGUGAAACUGCAAGAAGAAUCAUCAAUCCGGCAGGAGCAAGCACGACGGGCAACUGAAGAGCAAAUUCAGGCUCAACAACGUCAGACGGAGAGAGAGAAGGCUCAGAUAGAGCGGGAAACAAUUAGAGUCAGGGCUAUGGCUGAAGCUGAAGGCAGAGCUCAUGAAGCUAAGUUAGCUGAAGAGGUCAACAGGCGCAUGCUAGUAGAUCGUGCCAAUGCAGAGAGAGAAAAAUGGAUUGCUGCCAUAAAUACAACUUUUGACCAUAUUGGAGGUGGUUUACGUGCAAUUCUGACUGAUCAAAAUAAGUUGGUGGUAGCUGUUGGUGGGGUAACAGCUCUAGCUGCUGGAAUCUACACAACAAGAGAAGGUGCAAGGGUGAUAUGGAGUUACGUGGAUAGAAUAUUGGGGCAACCGUCACUUAUCAGAGAAUCUUCUCGUGGGAGGUACCCUUGGUCGGGCAUAUUUAAACGAUAUAUGAGCAAUAUAACACGUCCAGUUGAUAAGGGAUCCAGUUCGCAUAAUGGGAAAGGAUUUGGCGACGUGAUAUUAAACUGUCCUCUUCAGAAAAGAAUACAACAGCUAGCAGGUGCUACUGCUAAUACAAAGUCCCACCAGGCCCCAUUUCGCAACAUGCUCUUCUACGGUCCCCCGGGAACAGGAAAAACAAUGGCUGCUAGGGAGUUGGCGAACCGAUCAGGAUUGGAUUAUGCAUUGAUGACGGGUGGCGAUGUUGCUCCGUUGGGACCUCAAGCAGUUACAAAGAUACAUCAGCUUUUUGACUGGGCUAAGAAGUCUCGCAGGGGACUGCUGCUUUUUAUCGACGAAGCAGAUGCAUUUUUGUGCGAGCGAAACAAAACCUACAUGAGCGAGGCUCAAAGAAGUGCACUGAAUGCGCUUCUCUUCCGCACAGGAGACCAAUCAAAAGACACAGUCCUUGUUCUCGCAACAAACCGACCUGGGGAUCUUGAUUCAGCUGUGGCAGAUCGAAUCGAUGAAGCCCUUGAGUUCCCCUUGCCUGGAGAAAAGGAACGCUUCAAGCUCCUGAAGCUGUACCUGGACAAGUACAUAGCUCAAGCAGGAUCCAGGAAAUCUGGGUGGUUGAGGAACUUGUUCAAGAAACCACAACAGAAGAUUGAGAUCAAGGGAUUGACUGAUGAUGUGAUUAGGGAAGCAGCAGCCAAAACCGAAGGUUUCUCUGGAAGAGAAAUAGCUAAGCUGAUGGCUAGCGUGCAAGCUGCUGUUUAUGGAAGCGAAAAUUGCAUGCUUGACCCGAACUUGUUCCGGGAGGUGGUGGACUAUAAAGUCGCAGAGCAUCAACAGAGGAGGAGGCUUGCUCGGGAUGCUGAGCCUAAUGCCUGAUUUGAAUUUCUUUUGUCAAGCGAAUAACCACGAUACAAUACAAGUGGUAGGUGUUAUUUAUCCGAUCCGAACAGGGCAUUGUCUACACUGCACGGAAGGACCGUGGCUGAAGAAAUCAAGAUUCUGUUAUUUCCUUAGUUUGUCAGGUUUUGACACAUACGGGGCUGGCUAGUCUCGCAUGGCUAAGUACGGAAAUUGCUGGAAGUCGCUGCUUUAAUGUCAUUCUGGGUGUAAUGUUAGUCAUCUCCCUCCGGGAAGAGAUUUUGGUAUUUUGAUGAUGCGAUUUGAACCCCUCAAAAGAACUUUUUGACUGCCAGAGGAGGGGUUUGCUAUUCACAUGCUUGUUCCUCUCGAUCUAAUAUUUCAGAAUCAUUAUAUUGAUUCAUCCUGAGCCCUUCCCUUGGCUCCA